CUGGCAUAGAUGGAAAAAAUCACAUUGUCUGAUUUUCAAAGCGAACAUUUGAACAGGAGAAGUAAUCAUGUGGUUGAAGAUAGCCAUAGUGAUGGGCUGCUGGUCAGUCCUGGUUUCAGCUAAACCCGCCGGGCGUAUUGACCGAGUUGCACGGCAGACAACGUUCCCGGACGCCUGUUACGCAGGCAGCCGUCCAGAAGUGCUGACCGAAAGCGACGCCAGCAAAGACAUUGCUAUUGUCGACUACGAGAAUGACAUGAGAUGUAAAUGGAGAAUUGCAGCCGGAGAAGGAGAGAGAGUCCGUCUGACUGUUCUCAGCUACAGUAUAGAAGACCACGGCACUUGCAAAUUCGACAGGCUGCUGGUUCGCGACGGCUUCAACAACAAGGCUCCUCGCUUGGCCAAGAUUUGCGGGAACAGCACAGGCGUAGAGGUGUAUGAAAGCACGGGCAACUACAUGUUCCUUCUCUUUAGAACAGACGAGUCGGUGACGGAUUCAGGAUUUGGCGCGUUUUGGGAGGUGAUUACCAAUGGCACUAACCCAACUGACGCUCCAACUGACGCCCCAACUGACGCCCCAACCAAUGCACCAACCCAGGCCCCAACUAACGCCCCAACUAACGCACCCCCUUCUGGAGAUUGUGCGAACUGCGGAAGGCGGGGCACUGCGGUCUCGGCAUCAAUCGUUGGCGGGCAGGAGGCCACGCCCCACUCCUGGCCCUGGAUGGUGGCUCUGACCAAUGGCUUUGGCGGUGGUCAGUUCUGCGGUGGAACUCUUAUUGACCCUGAAUGGGUUAUGACGGCAGCCCAUUGCACAGGAGGGACCAUCGUCGUCAGGCUUGGAGAACACGAUCUGUCCGCCACAGAGAAUCCGAACCUGGUGGUGGAAAAACGUGUUAUCAGAACAAUUGACCAUCCCAACUAUAAUGGAAACUCUCUGGACAACGACAUUUCGUUGUUGAAACUGGAAAGCGCCGUGACGCUCGGAACUGGCAUCAACAUUGCCUGCCCCCCUGAACCCAACUCCGAACUGACCGAUGGCCAUUACUGUGUGACGACUGGCUGGGGCGCAACAGGCAGCGGGCAAUCUGGAAGUGAUAAACUAUUGGAGGUGGAUGUCCCUUACAUCUCCACCGCCACGUGCCGCGCCGAUAGCGCGUACGGGAAUCAGGUCCUUGACAGCAUGAUUUGCGGCGGAACCAUGGCAGGCGGCAAGGACUCUUGCCAGGGAGAUUCUGGCGGCCCCUACGUUUGCCGCUUCAUGGAUGACAACGGUCAGGCGUUCUGGAAGGCUUAUGGUGUCGUCAGCUGGGGUUAUGGCUGUGCCCAGGCAAACAGACCAGGUGUCUACUCUAAGGUGUCCAUAUACACCGAAUGGAUCAAGAACACGAUGAACAGCAACUGAAGUUCUUAAACCUGGCCAAUAAGUUAGAUUUUAGGACGUUAACCUUAUUAGGUCCCGUUAUUGGCGUGAAAAUAUUUUUGUGGGUUUUUCAUUAACGGCAAGAACUGCUAUUAUUAAGUAAAAUUUCCUAUUCUUGUAGUCUCUUU